CGUUCUUCUCAUGUUAAUCUAUCAUUUACUGAAAAAUGUAUUUAUAAGGUGAAAUAUGACACAUCUUAUUUAGACAUACAUUAGUUACGGUUAUCAAUCGAUAACUAGAAUCGUAAAUAAUUGGUCGAAAGGUUAACUACUAACUCAUCAUUUAAUGAGUCUAAGAGGAGAGUACAAAGAGGAAUUUUUGUCAUUUUUAGCUAAAAGAUUGCGUUUUUCACCUGAUAAAUUUCAUUUAGAUAUAAAUCAAUGAAAUUCAUUUCAUUUCGAGUCAAAAGCAGCAAAAUGAGCAUGUCACAGUGGUUAACACAUUUGAUCGACUAGUUAUUGUUACGAUUAUCGUUGUGUGUCUAAUAUCAAUUACUAUUUUCUUUACCUAUUUGUUUAAUUUUAGACCUAUCGUUUUCGAUGAUGAUAAAAAUUCAUUAUCGGUAUCCUAUUUCUAUCAUUUGUUUCAAACAUGUGCUUAUACAAUCAUGGCUGUAUUGAUUAUGAGAUUAAAAUUAUUUUUAACACCUCAAUUAUGUUUAUUAACAAGUUUAGUGAUGAAUAAACAUUUUUGGCCAAGUGAAUAUAGUAAUUAUCCUCAAGAACAAAUGAUGUUAUGGAUAAAUGAUAAUACUCAUAAUGAGAGUAUUUUUUCUGGUAUAAUGCCAACAAUGGCUAAUCUCAAAUUAUCUACUCGACGUCCAAUUGUUUUACAUCCACAUUAUGAACAUGCAAAAAUACGACGACGAGUAAAAUUAAUGUAUUCAAUGUUUAGUCGUAAACCAUUGAAAAGAAUUUAUCAAAUAUUAAAAAAUUAUAAUGUUACCUAUUAUGUUUAUGAACGACAUUGGUGUACAAUUGAAAAUAGACCAUUAGGAUGUUCAUUUCCAGAAAUGUACGAUUUAGAUGAUAUUGAAAAUAGACGAAAUGAAUUGACAUGUAAACAAUUGGAACGACAAUCGAUGCCAUAUUUUAAACCUGUUUUCAACUAUGAUUAUAUUACCAUUUAUCAAGUUAUGUAG